AUGGCAACCCAUCGAUAUUCUUUUGUUGUAACUCUAGUUUCAUUUUUCCUGGCUCAGCAUGGCUGUGAAGCUAGAGUACUUCUGAACAACAACAACAAUGUUAAUAAUGUUGGAUUUGUGAGAGCCCAAGCCGCGGAGACUUGCGAGAGGUACAAAGUGUCGGAAGUGUUUAGAGAUGCAUCGGCCGCAGGUCUUUCGGUGUGUAGGACAUGGGCUUUUAGGGACGGAGGGGAUCGAGCUCUUCAAAUAUCCCCCGCCACAUAUGAUGAAUGUGUUUUUCAGGGAGACGACAAUAUGUUGAAUGGGCAAGAAGUUCAGGAGCUCAAGUCAAUGGGGACGACGACUUCUACACACAUCCCGUUAUCAAAGGAUACUUACUACAAGGAUCACAUCAAGAGAGUGUUGACAAGGUAUAACACCAUAGUAACAAGAAUGACAUAUAUUAUUACGGCAUGGGAACUCAUGAAUGAGCCCCGUUGCCAAACUGACUAUUCUGGAAGAACUGCACAAGAGAUGGCAAGUUUUGUGAAAUCAUUAGACAGAAAACACAUGUUGGAGAUUGGAAUGGGAGGAUUUUAUGGAGACGGGAUGCCUGAAAAGAAGCAAAACAAUCCAGGGAUAUCAAGAGGAGAUGAGAAUGCAGAAAUGGGAUUCAGGAUGACAAGUCAUUGGGAAGACGCCAACAACAUCUUGAAGAAACCCUUGGUGAUUGCUGAAUUCGGGAAAUCCAGCAAAGACCCAGGCUUCACUCAGUUACCACCCGAGAUGAUUUCAUAG